AUGAGGGAUGUGUUGAAUGGUAGUAGCACACAAUAUUCAGAGAAACCAACAACUGUAAAUGUGACUGAUCAAAUACCCCAAUCCACUGCAACAAUUCCACUGAAUAAUGCACCUUCUAAAACCCUUGAUCUGUCUACUAUUGGGUUCUCUUUUCCCACCAGAGCAACACUUCAAGAGCUGGAGUAUGGAUCAAUAACAUCCAUAGAUGAGGAUAUGCUCGAAAGUGAUGGAGAUAAAGUGAAAAACGUUGGAAAAGCAGAAGGAGUUUAUGUUGUUAGUUCUAAGGAUGGAAGUAGCCACAUAGUGGCUAUCACUGCAAGUUUCUUGAAGGGUGAUGCACUAAGACUUUUUGGAGUGCUCAAGAUUGAUGUGUUUGAGUCACAUGUUGCUAUUAUUGGAGGAACUAGGAAGUACUAUGAUGCUAAUGGCUAUGUUGCAGUUAAGGUUGUCCACAAAGUAGGUUCAAAAGAUGGAUAA